AUGGAUUCAUUGUCGCUCAACCGAGCAGCUCUCGAUGAGUUCGUCACCACCAGAGUGACUCGGGAAAUGGUAGCACACUUGGCUCAGCAGGCAGCACAGGUCAUUCGCUGUGAGGCCCAUGUGACCAACACCGUCAACCAAAAUGGCCAACCUACACCACCAUCCACCCCUCCAAUGGAACCCUCUAACUUGCCUGCCCUCCCUUCAAUUGAGGCCUUCAUCGCGUCACUCGUCGCCCGGUCACAGGUGCAGGUGCCUACUCUCAUGAGCUGUCUCGUCUAUCUCGGCCGUCUUCGUUCCCGUCUGCCACCAGUCGCAAAGGGCAUGCGCUGUACUGUCCACCGUAUCUUCCUUGCCUCGCUCAUCCUCGCCGCCAAGAACUUGAAUGACUCCAGCCCCAAAAACAAACAUUGGGCCCGUUACACCGCAGUGAAGGGAUUCGAAGGAUUCGGCUUCUCUCUCCCCGAGGUCAACCUCAUGGAACGUCAACUCCUCUUCCUUCUCGACUGGGACCUGCGCAUCACCGAACAGGACCUCUUUACGUAUCUCGAGCCCUUCCUCGUUCCCCACCGCCAGCGUCUCAUUGCCCAAGAGCAAGAACGUCUCGCAGAAGAGGAGCACCGUCACAAGCAGCAACAACACCGCGAAUGGCGUCGUCUCCACGCAUCAGCGGAUCUGCUGGCCAGCCGCCUCCGUCGCCAAAAGCUUGAAGCCCGCGGCGAGACUCGUCGCGCAAACGACAACUCUCUCCGUCGUCUCCCAAGUCACGUCUCCUGUCCCGCAAUGCACAACACCCACUACGCAACACAGAAUGUCGCCGAUCAUGAUCGCUACAACCCCUACCAGCGUCAGCGCGCAUCUCCUAAUAGAGCUAACCGCUCAAUCUCCCCACCAUCCGUCCGGGACGUGCCAGCGCUCUCGCACGCCGAGACCUUCAACUCUCUCUGCUCGCGCUCCUCCAGUGUCGCCCCUAGCUCAAGAGGCACCCCAGCCUCCAUCAGCACCGUCUCUUCUCAAGGCGCCGAUGAUAUCAUGCUCACGGACUCCACCCGCAGCCCGGCAUCCCUCUCUAUGAACUACAGCUAUGUUAACGUUACCCACCUCGAAUCCAAGAAGUCCUUCGAGCCUAUCCGCCAGCCAUCCAAGAAGCUGAAGACCAGCAACCACGCACAUAGCGGCGGCUUCGUGGCUCGGUUUCUGGCUUCCGCGACGGGCUCGUACAUGGGCGGUCGUCGAUCACACUAA